CGCACAGAAACAUCUGGACUGGACCCGGAACCGCGGAGGACUUUUUGGGGGGGCUUUUUUUAUUUCUUCCUCCAAGUUUAACAUUUUUUGGGGGAUUUUUGUGCAUGCAGCUGAGCGCGAGCCUGACAUGGACUUGUGAGAGUGACUCCAGAGAGGAGUUGUAGUCGGGACUGUCUGUCUGUGUGCAGAAUUAAGAGACAGAAACUAAAAUGGAAAACAAGCGGUGAAAAAAAGCGCUCCAAGAAUCGACAAAAACGUCGAAAAAAACGUCCAAAAAGUUGCAAAGAAAAACCAUCCAAAAAGAGAGGUGAUGUUAGCGGUGCAUGGGCAGAUGGACGGGUCCCGACAGAGCGCCUUCCUCCUCAGCACCCCCCCUUUAGCAGCUCUGCACAGCAUGACGGAGAUGAAGACCCCGCUGUACCCGGCGUACCCGCUCUCCUCCCCGGGGCCGAACUGCUCCACAUCCCCGGCCACCACGUCCCCUAACCCGGGCGGGAUCGCCGUGUCUGUGUCCUCCCCGGGGAUAAACAUCAAGAGCUCCACGGGUGGGGGGCAUCUGUCCUCGGGGCUCGGAUCCCCGCAGCAGUGUUCCUCCGCGACCCCGCACGGAAUAAACGACAUCCUGAGCCGACCCUCCGCGGCCGCCGCCGCCGCAGCCGCGGCUUCUUGUUCUUCUGCGGCGGGGAUUCUGUCCGGUUUGCCCCGGUUCAGCAGCCUCAGCCCGCCGCCGCCCCCCGGACUUUACUUCAGUCCCGGGGCCGCGGCGGUGGCCGCCAGUGUGGCCCGGUACCCGAAGCCUCUCGCGGAGCUGCCGGGCCGGACGCCCAUCUUCUGGCCCGGAGUCAUGCAGAGCGCGCACUGGAGGGACGCCGCCAGGUUCGCGUGUUCACCGCAUCACAACUCGGUGCUGCUGGACAAAGACGGGAAGAGGAAACACACGCGGCCCACUUUCUCUGGACAGCAGAUCUUCGCUCUGGAAAAGACUUUUGAACAAACUAAAUAUCUGGCGGGGCCGGAGAGAGCGCGCCUGGCUUAUUCUCUGGGCAUGACCGAGAGCCAAGUCAAGGUGUGGUUCCAGAACCGGAGGACUAAAUGGAGGAAAAAGCACGCGGCGGAGAUGGCCACGGCCAAGAAGAAGCAGGACUCCGAGACGGAGAGGCUGAAGGGGACCUCGGACAACGAGGAGGAGGACGACGACUACAACAAGCCCCUGGACCCCAACUCAGACGACGAGAAGAUCACACAGCUGCUGCAGAAACACAAGCCGCUGCUGCUGCACACUUCAGACAACGACAGCUCCUAAAACACACACACACACACACACACACACACACACACACACACGCAUAUUAUAUAAAUAUAUACAGUAUAUCUGACUAUAUGUUCCCGCGGACUGAAAGAAAGGAACUCUCGGAGUCGCACAUUUCACCCUGUCGGGACACACAGAGGACUUUUACUUUGUAAAUACAAAAGCGUGAGUUGCAUCCAAAAAGCAAGAGAACUACAC